AUGCACGUCCAGUUCCGGUUCACCCCAGGUGCUCCUCAAGUCGCACAACAACAACAACAACAACCACAAGCUCCUGCCAAAUCUCAAGAUCAACAUCUUGCCGAUGCACGCAGAUGGUUGGAGAAACCGCUCGCCACCUUGUCGCUUGCCGAGACAAGCGCUACGCUUGAGACCGCGCUGCAUCUUGUUGCUCAAAACCACCAGACAGCUCAACAACUGGCAGAUCGUGCUUUGGAGCGUCUGCCACAACUUAUGGAAAGCAUGCAGCCGAGCAAAGCGCUUGCUGCAGCACAGCUCGCGUUGUCGAAAGGUGUGAUCGUGUUUCUGAUCGCCGACUUCCAAGAGGACAACCGUCUGCCACGCGCAGAAAUCGGCGAACGGCUGGUCUUAGCCUACGAGUACCUUCUACAAGCAAUUCACACUUGCCUCGAUGUUGCAAGCUCGCAAGACGAGUGGCUGCUGAUGCUGAAAGAUGCUUACUUUGGUUGGCUUGAACCCGUGAAUCAUUUCUUCGCCCUUUGUCCGGCUGAAGAUUUGUCCCUUCAGACGGCGAUCGCUGCUAGUCUGUUCUACAACGAGUUUGUUGUGCUUUGCUGGCACAAUCCUCAGAUUCGAUUCUGUGGUGCUAGAGGGCUGUUGGUGAAGCUGAAGCAUGCGAUCAGCUCUAAGAGCAAGCCGCCGGUGGGCCGCAUCUUGGACACUGCUGCUCUGGUGCUGCGAUUCAUCCUCGCAUUUCCUGUGGGCGCUGUCGGGGACAUUCUUUGUGAUCUCAUCUGCGUCCUUGACGAUGAGCUCAAGAACCUUCGGCUCCACUCCACUCGCUCCUCGAUCUUGAGCUUGGUUUUACAAUUGGUCAACCCUCUCCGCAGUGGCUAUUGUAACCUGGUCGCGCGGCAAGGAGACGCCGCUCCCAGGCCGUUUCAAGCACCAGAAUCAGAUCCUUCGGAUGAGAUUGCGACCAAAAUCAAAAUCGUUCUGUACUAUUUGCAGCAGCUCGUGUUCAGCGCCAAAACUUGGUCUAUGAACACCAGCGAUGCAUUGCGUUGUCGUGCCUCAUUCGUCGUCAAGCUUAACGCAUUCGUGGACGCCUUGCCAGCGUAUGGGAGAAUGUCAAGCUUCCUGCGGGCAGUCGCCGCUUCUCCUGGAGACAAUCUUAGGCGUCAGGGAAUCAGCAUCUCACCUGACGACAGGCAGUACACAAAGUUCGCCCUCCAAGAGCUACCCACAGCGAGACUUGCGAACGCGUACUUUGAAAGCUUUCCGGCUCCUUCUCGGUCGGUGCUGUUUGACAACACCGGCGACUGGUACUUGCAUGAUCAGAAGUCGCGGGAAGACCAGCCUGUGCACUUGCCAUGGAUGAAUUUGUUCCUGCGCGGCCUUCAUGACGAUCAGUCGGAUUCUGAUGGCGUUGAUCCAUAUACACGGUGUUGA